GGUCUCUCUUGGCCUCAUCACCAUCAACGAGGAUUGUGAUUGAUUGUUUCUUCAAUCCUUCGUAUCCUCAAACACCGCCAUCAUGCCUCCCCGAUUGAAUCCCCUAGGCUUAGGCAGCCUAUUGCGUCCAGCAUCGAAACCGUUAUCAUCUCUUUUUGCGCCAAUUGUCCCCCAGCAACCCCAGCGCGCCGCAUCAAUUCUUUCGUCUCUCUCCGAUAACACCGGUGCUUACAACAAGCGCAUUCGUCGUGGUCGCGGUCCAUCUUCAGGCAAGGGCAAGACUUCAGGAAGAGGUCACAAGGGUCAAAAGCAGCAUGGAAAGGUCCCCGCUGGCUUCAAUGGAGGUCAGACUCCAAAUGAGGUCGUCCACGGCCCGAGAGGAUUCGACAACCAGUUCUCUGUUGAGAUGUCCCCCCUGAACAUUGACCGUCUUCAGUCGUGGAUCGACCAGGGUCGUCUUGAUCCUUCAAAACCCAUCACCAUGAAAGAACUCAAUGAGUCGAGAUGUCUGCAUGGUGUCAAAGAUGGUGUGAAGCUGCUUGCUAGGGGCGCUGAGGGAAUGCGCACUCCGGUGAACAUUGUCGUCUCGCGGGCAUCUGCUCCCGCCAUUGCUGCUAUUGAAGCUGCCGGCGGAACUGUCAUUUCUCGUUUUUAUACCAAGCCCGCCAUUCGACGGAUACUCCAUGGCCAAGCCGAUGCCACAAUUACCGCUCCAAACUCCUUCCCUGCGCUUUCAAGCGACCCAUCGAAACCGUUUGCAUAUAGACUGCCCGACCCAACGAGCAGAAAAGACAUUGAGUACUACAGAGACCCCGCUCACAGAGGUUAUCUCAACCACUUGGUCAAGGAGGGCGAGGGUCCCAGUUUGUUCUUCAAGUCUCCUGCGAUGAUCAACAAGGACCGCGCCAAGGCUGCUGGCACUGGCGCCAAUGCCAAGUCAAAGAGCGAGAACAAGCUGUGGUAAAAAAAAAGAUACUUUUGGGAGUCUUGGGAUAGGUUGCUCAUUUUCACUUCUCCGAUGCAAACAUUUUCCGGAGCCAGCGGUGAGCCUUUGUACAUUACUUUAUUUUCUCUAGUGAAAUCUAUUUGUAUAUCAUGACGC